UUGUAUGCUAAAUCUCCUUCCUCUUCCAACAUGACUCUUGCCAACAUUCCUGAGAUAAUGGAAUCUCUUCCCGUAGAGACGAGGUUCACAGAGUUUCCCUUGCGACAAUAUGGUGGAUUUUGGUUAUUGGAGGUCAUGCUCAAUGGCGUUGCUGCAGCUGAAACUAGCUUUCAACCGAGACCAUCCGACAUCCUCCUUUCAAGCUUUCCUAAGUGUGGUACCACCUGGCUCAAAGCCCUCGCCUUUGCAACCCUGAACCGUUCGACUUACCCACCAUCGGAUGAACAUCACCCGCUCCUCGAACACAACCCCCAUGACCUUGUUGGGUUUCUUGAGAUUUACCCCAAGCUCGAGUUGUACGAGUCACUCCCAUCUCCACGGCUGCUCUCAACCCACCUGCCAUAUUCGAUGCUGCCUCAUCGCAUCAGGGAACAAGAAACGGGGUGUCGGCUAGUCUACAUCUACCGGGACCCAAAGGAUGCCAUGGUCUCCAUGUGGCACCAGAACAAGAAGGAGAAGAAGAAUAGGUUGACGUUCGAGGAGAUGUUCGACAUGUUCUGUGAAGGACGGUGUGUUGUCGGCCCGCAGUGGUGCCAUGCCGGUGAGUACUGGGAUGAGAGCCAGGCGAGACCUGAGAAGGUGCUUUUCCUCAUGUAUGAGGAUCUUCUGCAAGAUACUGUGGGCAACCUAAGGACGCUGGCGGAGUUCAUGGGCUGUGGGUUCUCUCGCCAGGAAGAAGAUGACGGUAUCGUGCAACAAAUUGUAGAACUGUGCAGCUUGAACAACCUGAAGAACUUGAACGUGAACAAGAGUGGAACUACCCUUCUAGGGAUCUCCAAAGAUGGCUUCUUCAGGAAGGGAGGAACCGGUGACUGGAGCAAUCACAUGUCACCAGAGAUGGCAGCGAGGCUGGACAAGAUCGUUAAGGAGAGGCUGGAGGGUUCUGGACAUCCAAUUAUUUCCAGGAUCAAUGCGAAAGCAACAACUUCGAUCGGUUCAUCCAACCAUGGUGCUUCUGAAGCCAAAUACAUUAAGGAGUAACAACUCGGCUGGCUAAUUACCGUGGCUCAUGGUGCUGUGGAUUCUGUGAAGACCAGGAUCUGAUUGCUUUUUCAUUAUCAUUUCAGUCCUUUGUAUUCCUUGUGUUUCAAGUGUAAUAUGCCCUUCUUUUGGGAGCUUCUUUGCAAAAUCAACUGUACCCUCA